AUGUCGAGAGCCGGUGCGAUUCUUCUGGUCUUCCUGGUGUGCGGCGCAGUUGUGGAGGCCGACGUGGUGAAGCCGUAUCCGAUCAACUUCACUAUUCCCGUCCGCAACGUGGUGACCAACGUCAAUGCUACGAAGAUGGCCGAUUACAUCGAGAAGAAGAUCAAGGUAAGCAGGGGGAAAGGGUUUUGAGAGAUUAAAUUUUGACUUUUUCUUGGAUGUUGUAGUAGGUAAGGGGGGACCAAGGGGAAAUUUUUCUGAUCCCCCAAAUUUGGGCUUUGGAUUUUGCUUAAAAUUGGGAUGAUUUUAAAACAUGGAAUUUUUUAUGGUAAAAGUUCCUUAUUUUGGCCACAACAAAGGUACUCCGCGAACUACCAAGCUUGGGCACUAAAGUUAGGAAAAAACGCUUCGACCUAGCUGGCUCUGAACUACUUUAAUAGCUCUGUACAGAGCUCUGUAGUUUUAAGGGUACCCACGAAGGCUGUGACGACUCAUUUAGUUCCAUACGGAGGCAAUAAGUUUAGUUCCGGACAUGUUUCAUCGUAUAAAGUGUAAAAUCACAGGCUGCAGCCGCUUUUGAAGGGUAAGGUGCUACGUAAAAACGAAGGUACCUCACUAACUAAAUCCACUGUCCGGGCAUUGACAACGAUGAAUUGAGCGUGCACGCUAAAUUUGGGCUAAUUCCGACCAGUUUCCGCAAAGUUAUACUAUAUGUUGUGGCCAAAAUAAGGAACUUUUACCUUUUCUACAAUAAAAGUUCUGAAGAUUGGCCAACACUCCAAGAAUUCAAAAGCUUUGGGAAAAUGAAAAGGGUGCGACCUGCGAAGGACAUUUUAUACAAUGAAAAAUCGGCUAGGCUCGGCUUAGUUUAGGCUUACAAAGGAGGUACCCCAAGUGCGACGCUCAGAUUUUGAUGAAACUUGGCACAAAUUUAGAAUGAUUUUUUCUAAGAUAUAUGCGAGAAUCCUAGCUCGCGCUUUGCAGAAACAACCGAGAUUCUUAGAUCGAAAGUUGGCCAAAAUUUGCCACUUUUUGCCGAAUUUCGGCACGAAAAGUUUCAUGCCUAUUUCAACCGUAAGCAGUAAUGUUUCUACAAAAAAUCAAAUUUUUCCGCAAGAAAAUGCCAAAGUUAUGGCCAAAAUGCGCUUUUCUCUCUGACCGCUCUCCGCGUUUAGAGUGCUCUCUCGGCGGCAAAAAUCGUUCAAUAUCUCGGCUGAACUUGCAAAGUGGAAGCUAAAAAUUUCAGCAAUAUCAAUGUGUUCUGUAGACACUUGAACCAGAAAAUUUUUAAAGACUCAGAGAAAAUCUGAUCGUCGCACUUGGGGUACUUCCCUUGUUAGCCUAAGCUUGGAUUAGAGCUUAGGCUUCAAUUUAUCAUGCUCAAAAUGCAAAAUCUUCUAUUUUCUGGGCGCAGCUUGCAUUGCUUUUUGAUUUUUUUUUUGUUUUUUUCGGAAAUCUUCAGACCUUUUUCCACAAUUUUCAAAAAAAAAUCUCCAGAAUUAACCUUGUUUUUAUUUCACCAAAGUUUCUUUCAGGCCGAAAUAGACUUCUACAACAAAGCCAUUGAUGAGGCCGUCGCCGAAUUGAACCAACAUCAUCGCGGAGAUAAGAAACUGUACCUCAAGUACAAGCUGGUCCUCAAUGAACGCGUCUAA